AUGCGGCUCCAUCAGUUGAUCCUCUUCGUUCUUGCACUUGCUGUCCUGCCGACUACCUGCAUUUUUACCAGUGAAGAAACAGUCUUUCGUUUCCACGGAGCCGUCACAUGCAACCUGAGAAAGGACUUCGGAUACUACAUAAACGCCUAUGAGGUCGACGGAGCCGUGAGCUUCGACGAAAAAGGCCGGAUUGUCGAAGGUCGCAACGAAUACAUGGGCUCUUCUGGUUACCAUUUACGUGCUACCAGUCCACACAAGUACGACUUCAAAGGGAAGCAGGCGGGCGAUGGAUUCCUUAACGUGAGUGAUGCACCAAAAAACAUUGAAUAUGAGCAAUUUUAGAACCAUUAUGAAAUUGCACUCAACAUCAGACACACAUGCUGCGACGAUUGUGCCGAGUUUGACUACAACAUGAUCUACUUGCCGAAUGAAUUGGCAGUGGACGCAUUGUGAGCAGGCGUUUCAUUUUUCAGCAGAAAUUAUUUUUCAUCUUACAGCGAACACGUCAUUGAAGCCAAUAUCACGCUUCCGAUCGAUGAAAAACACGAUGAGUAG